CGACAAACUCAUACCAGGCCCGACUACAAACCUCAAAUCCCUCCCACUCUCACUGCCCCUUCCGCCUCAUUCGCCUACGCAUCCCUCUCAUUACCUCCACCCAACUUACCUCCUCGACCACAGCGUUCAAAGAGCUUACCUCGCCACUAUACUCCCACAUAUCCCUAUCCCCAAACCAAAUUGAACCUAUCCAUGUCCCUUCCGUCGUCUCAAACUUCUCAACCCCCUCCUCUAGCAUCAGGCAGUUCCGUUACACACCGUGGAGUCUCAGCUGAAAAAACAGUGUCUCUCUUAGCAAAAGGCAAAACACCCAUUUGGUCCACACAUUAUUUUGAUCCUCUCCUCCAUGAUCCACUUUUUCAUAUCCCCCACCAAGUUACCAACGUGGCGAAUAUAGCUUUGACAAGUUUGGCAUCGGGACCAAAGACGAAGUUUAACCAAACUAUCGGAGCGCCGAUAGAUGGAUUGGCCAAGAUGGCGAAGGAUUGGGUAGUACCUCCUGACGGAGUGUUCGAAACGGAGAAUGGGGCUAUGGAAUUGGGGUUGGGGGUGAUAGAUUCUGGUGUGAAAGGUUGGGGUAAGGAAAAGGGGAGGAAGAAAGCUAGGGUGCAAGUGAAUACUAAAAGUGGUGGUAUCAAGGUGGAUUUGAUGACCAUUGAUCUGAAUCGUCAAAUCGAUCUUCGGGUGGAAUCUAAAUCCGGUGACGUACUGAUUUUCCUUCCUGAGACGUUCUUCGGGCCGGUUCAUAUCACCUCUCCCUCUCCUCCGAUCCUCUUAGAUAUUCUUCAACCUCAAUGUGCCCCUCUUGCGAAUCCCUACUCUUCAUUCUACACCACUCAAGUCGUUCCUCUCUCUCCUUGCAGCCUCCUCCUCGAAUCGAUUCCAGCACCGAAAAACACAUCAUUCGAACAUAAAGCCGCGCGGAACAUAGAACGUUAUGUCCCUUCCACUCUUCGUGAAAACUCCGAUAUUCUCGAUCAGGUCGUAGGGGGAUACGGUGCUCAUGGAAGAGAAGAACAAUCUAAAAUCGUUGUGAAAACUCAAGGGAGGGUUGUUUUAGGGUAUAGGGAUAGUAAAGAUGAGAGGCAAGUUGAAGAGUUGGGUUUGAAAGUUGGGGUGGAGAGAGAGAUAAAUAAGAAGAAAAAGAGGUGGUGGGGGUGA